CAAUGACGAAACAGUAUAGUUACACGAGGAGACAAAGGCAUGUGGUAGCAUUCGUAAGGGGAACCCACUUGGAGACAGAAUGCUUCCGGACGCCCCUUCCAAUCCGAUGUGAGAGAGACAAUUGCAUAUUUGACAACGCAGCAUCGAGGAACGACAUCAUAAAGACUUGACAAGAGUGUUCUCAACACACUGAAGUCCAUACAGUUGAAGUAACAUCUUAGCACUUAGGUUCUUAGUUUCCAACGCAUCCGAAGGCCUUUCUGGAUAUUCAAAGACUUUUUGAAACAACCCAACACUUUCAUAGACGUCCCAAGAUCUUGCCAUUUCCCUACGCAUAAAAAGAGUUUCGACAGAUUCAUCCUUGCAAAGGUACUUUGGUACGAUAGGAACAGAAAUAUAAUUACAAUGGUCAGCCGCCACAGCUUCCACAUCGUCGACUACGUGGUCUUCGGCGCCACCAUCCUCAUCUCACUGGGGAUAGGACUCUACUUUGCUCUGUCUGGUGGACGCCAGAAAACAACGUCCGAGUUUAUGGUUGGCGGUCGUUCCAUGAAGUUUCUCCCCGUGGCCUUGUCGCUGAUGGUGUCGUUUGAGUCGUCCAUCAUGAUGUUGGGCUAUCCAGCUGAAGUAUAUGUGUAUGGGGCGCAACUUUUUAUAAAACUGUUCGGAUUUAUGGCGGCAUUUCUGAUAUGCAGGGUGUUGAUGAUACCACUGAUCCAUCCCCUAAAACUCACCAGCGCUUACGAGUACCUGGAUGGGCGCUUUAAGUCACGCACGGUGCGUCAACUUGGAACCACCCUUGGCGCCCUAUCAUACAUAUUCUACAUGGGGAUUGUGUUAUUCGGACCAGCUAUAGCACUGGAGGCAGUGACGGGAUUUCCCCAAGAAGGGUCGAUCUUCCUGGUUGCAGCUGCUGCUAUUGUUUACACAGCCAUGGGUGGACUGAAAGCUGUCAUCUGGACUGACGUCUUCCAGGCUGUUGUGAUGUUUGCAGGAAUGCUUGCAGUCAUCAUCAAGGGGACAAUUGAUGCAGGUGGAAUCAAGGCGGUCUGGACAACUGCGGCUAAAGGGGGACGUCUUAAUUUCUUUAAUUUUGACUUCGACCCCACUGUUCGUCAUACUUUCUGGGGGCUACUUCUGGGUACAUUCGCUCGGUCGUCCGGCCUGGUCUUCAACCAGUCGACUAUACAGAGGGUCUGUUCAACGCCAACACUCGCUGCUGCCAAGAAAGUAAUGCUAAUAGUGAGUCCUGCGUUCUGGAUAACACUCACCGUGGCUUUGAUAGAGGGCGUCGUAGCCUAUGCUUACUAUGUGAACGUCGGAUGUGAUCCUUUGGAAUCAGGCCAAAUACAGAACCCGAAUCAGAUCAUACCAUUUAUGGUAAUGGAUAUUUUCCGGGGUUUGCCUGGCAUGCCUGGACUCUUUCUGGCCGCUUUAUUCAGUGCAUCUCUCAGCACAAUUUCAUCUGGACUCUCCAGUCUGUCCGCGAUGACCUGGGAGGACGUUCUCAAACCACGCCUACCAAAUGUUUCCGACUUCACAGCAACGGUGAUAGCUAAAGUGUCAGUUGUUGCGUUCGGGUUUCUUUCUUGUGGAGUGGCCAUCCUGAUUUCCUUCAUUGGAGGAACGCUCACGCAGAUAGCCACAUCGGUGUUAUCCGCGUUCAAUGGCCCUCUGUGUGGUCUGUUUAUCAUCGCAUCUCUGUGUCCAUGGGCUAACGCUAAAGGAGCUAUAGCUGGAGCCGUUGUAAGUGCUGCGCUGAUGAUGUGGCUGUGUGCUGGAGCCACUUUCUCUGGAGCCACAAGACCGACCCCCUGGCUGCCUCCAGCUCCAACAGACCAAUGUUCUGUGGAUAACAUGACGUCACUGAUCAUGAAUACAACGGGACUAAUGACGUCAACAACAGAACUGCAUGACGUAACAACAGUUGGAGCUGUAGCCGAACCGGUGACGGGCAUCAGUGUCAUAUACACUCUGUCGUACCUGUGGUUGGCCGCUGUUGGCAUAGCUGUCGUUGUGAUCGUGGCUUUCUUCGUCAGCUGGGCAACAGGUUUCAACAGAGAUGGGAACCUGGAUCCUCGCCAUGUCAUAUAUCUGUCUGACGUCAUUAGAAAUAUAUUUACCCGCGGGAAAAAGACCAACACGGAUGAGAAGCUCGUAAAGCAGGGAAGUAUUAACACUAUCGUCAUUGGACUCGAACCCGGACCAGCGGCCGAGACAGAGCUACCACUCCUCGCUACAACCAUCAACAACGGACUUGAUCCCGCUCACAUCAAUCAAGCCAAAAAUUAGUCCACUGUAUCUUGACAGUUUGAUAGGCAGCGAUCCUUAGGGAUGAUAUAUAUUCAUUGAACUGCUCUGUCUCCACUAUUAACAGAAUGUACAAACAUAACAGUGAGUGAAUGCAUGAGUGUAGUUUUACGCCGCUUUUAGCAACAUUCCAGCAAUAUCACGGCGGGGAACACCAGAAAUGGGCUUCUCACAUUGCACCCUUGUGGGAAAUCGAAACCGGCGUGACGAGCGAUCGCUUUAACCACUAGACUACCCCACCUCCUACAUGUGUGGGAUCAAAACAUUUUUACGUGUUAUUUUUUAGGUCUUUACCAAAUGGUGAAUUUGUCAAUUAUUCGUAGGUUAAAUAAAAUUGCUAAAUUGCACGCUUUUUCAACUAUCUCAUCUCCGUAGUUGGAUCGGUGGUAUAGGGUGGUCAGGUUUGCUGACUUGGUUGCUGCAUGCCAUUUUACCGUAUUUGUGUAGAUCGAUACAGCUGGAAAACCGCCGAGUACGGCAAUAAACUCGCAAAAAAAGGCAAAGUUACGUCA